GGGAGGGUUGAGAAAAGUGUAUAAAUCUGGCGCACAGCACUAACCGUAGUUCAUUUAUUUAGUUUAUCAAUCCACCGGUGUACUAGUUUUGCAAACCGAUUAACGCUGUUGAAUAUAUUACAAAUAAUAUACUUGUUUAUGUAUAAUAAAGUAUUAUACAUAAAAAGAGUGUUUUCGUUGGGAAAAAUGACUCCGUCAAAAUUACAAGUAUCCUUAUUAUUAUGCAGCCUGGCCUUAUUGUUCCCGUGUUUCGUAAAUGUGAGUAUACAAAUUUAAUAAAAUAAUUUAUUAUUUUUUUAAUGGCAUAGUUUUGUCAAAUUUUUCGCGAAAAAAUAAAAUAUUGUAUUGUGUCUAUGUCUUUCUCGAUACUUUUUGACAUUAAUUCUAGUGGCUUCUUUUGGACCAAAUGAAAAUUUGUGUACACAUUGCAUUUGUGUUAAUGAUGACCAGAUGGUUCGAUAGUCUGGAAAGUGAAAAAAUAAAAUUAAAACUAGACUAAAAAGAGCGUUUUGUUUAAAUAAUUCAGAACUUUACUGAUCUGCUUUGGUUUGUCAUAUUGAUAUUAUAAAUGUUAAUAUAGUUCAUAGAAUAAAACAAAUAUUCGUGCAGUGUAGUAUAAUAUUAAGUAUUUAUAAUUUUAAUAUUCAUAAUAUAUAUAAAUAAUAUUGCAGGGAAAAUAUUAUGGUCCAGAUAUCGAUAAAGUUGGGAAAAUGUGCAACGCCACUAAAGGUAAAACAUUACAAAGGUAAAAGGUAAACCAGUAUAAUGGUAGUUUAAUAUUUUGAAAAAAUAGAUAACCAACUCAAGUCCUAUAUCGUUUAUUUAAUUAAACUGUAUAAAGAAUUUCGAAACUUCGAAAAAAGAAAAAGAAAAACACGUCAAUAAUAUUCAAAUUACCAUAAAAAAGUCAAUUUUUCAAUUAAUUGGUUAGAAGAGUAUAUUAAUCGUUUUUCUUCAGAAAAUUUUAAACAUACAAGAAACUUUGUUAAUACAUUUUUUAUCAAUAAUUUUCCUAUUUUGCAAUUAAAGUGUUGCACAUUUUUAUGUAAAAGCUAAAAUUUCUGAAUUAACAACAAACAAUGUUCUUCAACUUUUGCGGCACGUGAAGGUAUCAUGCAGAUACCUACUUUGGUAGGUAGCUAUCAUUUUAGUAUUCACCUAAGUGUUAUUAGUAUUUUGUUUUAACAAUAAAUUGAUCAGUCCUACUGUACACAGCUUUCAUCUAUAUUAAACUUAUAUCAACUUGAAAAUCGGUUACUUUGACUUGAUUACAUUUUCAGUGAAUAAUUGCGAUUCGUUCGUGUUUUCGGAUGCACUUGACUUAUCUAUCUCACAUGAAUUUAUAUUGCUUUUUAACCUGACUAUACUUUACAUAUAGUUCAAACAUUAUUUAUGGAAUUUUGUAGGAGUAUUGUGAAAAUUUAAUUUAGAGUUUCUAUAGGUAUAUUAUAUCUAAUUUUCUAUUUGAACAUUAAUCGAAAUUUUAUAUUUUUUAUAAUUAGAAGAUGUGCAAGUGCUAAAAAAUUACGACAUACCAUCCACAGAAAUUGGAAAAGUAAUUAUUAUUUUUAUAUACUAUUGGGAAAAAUCCACUAUAACUAUUUAUUUCUAUUUUAUAACUAUGUACAAAAGUCUUUACAGGUAAGAUGCGUAAUAAUAAUAUUUGAAUAGCAAUUUAUAAUGUUCAAUGCAAUUUAUUUGUAUACUAUUAAUAAUAAUUUAAUAUUGUAAUAUAUUUAAAAAAAAUAAACAGACAUACUUCGCACGAUGGGUGGGUCACUGUUGUAGACGAGAAGUUGGGGAGGUAUAGGGGAAAUUUAAUGUAUAUAUGUACGCAACGAUUAACCAUUGCUAGUAAAAAGAUUUUGAGCGGAGUUCGGUUGUACAUGUUUUAAAAGCUCGUUAUACUUACGAUUUGAAAAUAACAAAUUUUGUAAAUUUUUCCCCUUUUUUCUACGUUUUUUCCCAGUUUUUUUCAUUUAUUAUCGAAACCCAUGGGAAAUAAAAAAAAAGAAUAGGUACUAAACUUGCAAAUCGAAGAUUUCUGGUGGUCAAUGUGUUCACAAAAAAAAAACCUAUACAUAUAUAUAUAUUUAUAAAUAUAAUUUUUUUUUUUUUUUUUUUUAGUGUUUAAUGAAAUGCUUAACCGUAAAACUCGGAAUGGUAAUUUUUCUAAAAGAUAAAAUCUUUACAUAAAUAAUCACUUUUAAUAGCAUAUACAGUGUGAUUUCUUUUAUAAUGGAACAGCAAUUAUUUCAGAGGGUUUUAAGUGAAUUUGAUUUCUGUUUUUUCUAAUCAUUAUGGAAUCAUUUAAGCUUUAUUUUAAAACUAUUUUUAAUUUUUUACCCCAAAUCUAUGUACCUUAAAUAAGUGCGUACAUUUGAUUUUCAAAUAGGAACUUUCCUUUUGAAUACAAAUUGCCUAUCUACGAGCUUUCUCUACUCCUCCGGCUUAAACUUUAAACUUUUAUAACUCAUAAAUGGUAAAUCUGAUAUUAGUGUUAUGUGUAUCAAAAAUUCUAGACAAAUUUUCUCUAUUCAAAUAUGUGGUCAAAAAGGGGGUUUCUAUUUUAAAAUCAAAAGUAUGCACUUAUUUAAAGUAAACAAUCUAAAAUGAUUUAAAAAUAAAUCUUAACCGAUUCCAUAAUGAUUAGAAAAAACAGAAAUUAAAUUCAAUUAAAAUCCUCUGAGAUAAUUGUUGGUUUAUGAUAAUAAAAAUCACACUGUAUAAUUAUGGUAUAAAUGCAUGUCAUGUUUUUUUUUUUUUUAGGUUGACGCUUUAGGAAAAUACAGCAAAGAUGGUACCGAUGUGGUUUUUAAAGAGUACUGGCCUGAAAUGCCAUUAAAUAUAAGAUCGGCAAUAAUCGACAAAUGCUACAACGAAGGUAAGGCAUUUUUAGAUUCUGAGUGUGUCUAUUGGUUUAACUAUGGUGUUCAUUUUUGGAGUGUGUCUAUGAGCAAAUUUCUAUCAGAAAUUUUGCUUCGAUGUAUCAAGUCUAGAAUUUUUUCUGAAAUUUUAUCUAGUGGGUGCAUUAGGGAUGUCAUAUAUUGAUUUUCCAAAGAGUUUAUAUCAUGAUUUGUAUGAACGGUAAAUUUUUAUGGCACUCCACGAUGUUACCAAUUUCAUUAAUUUUUAAUUUUGGCAAAUUAUGUUUUCUACCAAAAAAAUUCCUUUAAUCGAAAAUUCCAAGAAACUUUUAUUAUUGGAUUUCGGAUUUAGACGCCCACGAAGAAAGUGGUUUCUUGAUUUUCCAAGUAGUUUUCAAAAUGGUUAGAAAGACUAGAAAAAAAAGUAAAAUAAAAAAAUGACAAAUUUAUACACUCUUAGGUCAUUACGAAUUCAUUAUUUUUACUUUUUUUUGUUUUCCAACAGAAAUAUUCCUCUACUAGAAAAACAAUGAGAGUCUUUUUUAUUUUAUGUUUUUCAAUUUUUUUUUUUGUAGUUUUUUUAAUGUUUGAGCAAAAUCGAAAAAACCUAGAAAGAACAAGAAAAUUUACGAAAAUAAUACUUUUAUUAAUUUUAAUUUUGUUUUUUUAUUGAGAGUCAGUUAAAAAUGUUCGUAGACUUGAAUGUUUGAUAAAAAACUUGUUUUCGUUUUUUUUAGAUCAAAAUAUAAUAAUAUAAAAUAUAGUUUAAUGGUUUUUACUUGUAUCCAAAUAUUGUCUAAUCGAAAAUAAUUAUUCAACUAUUCAGUAUGAGAGGGUCUACCCAAAUAUAAGAGUAUCUGUUAUUAUUUAGCAACAAUAAAUAGGUACCUGCUCUAAUACUCUAAUACUUUUAUACUAACAAAAAAUUAGAAUGGGAGUAUUAUAAGUAUAUUAAAACUAUCGAGUUUUAUUGUAUUUUUAUUGGUUUUUUUUUUUGUUUCGAUAGUAAAGUAACAUAAAAUUUUGUUUAUAGCUUUAAAAAUAUCGAACGAAUUGGGAACUUGCGAUUAUUACUACAAAAUAGAGAUUUGUUUUAAUUCUGAGUUAAAACGCGUAAGUGGUGUAAUGCCUGUUAAUAAAAUACAAUUACUGAUGAAAAAUGUAUUUGUUUUUCAGUACGGUAUGUUUUAGAACUAAUGUUAUGCUAUGGAAGAACGGAUCUUGCGAUUUAUAAAAAUCGAAAUCAAAACGCUCAUUGAUUGCACACACCGAUAAUAUAUCAUCACCAAGUCACGUAUAUGAAUUAUUAUAAGAAUUAGUAUUUACAUACAUUUUUUAUUUUUCAUUCGUUUAUUUACACGUCAUAUAAUAUUAUAGUUUUUAAAUUAUCCAUAAUAAAUACAGUUUUGUGAAUAGCAUGCAUAUUUUAAUACGAUUAUCACCUCACCUAACGUCUAAAAUAGUUAAACCCUUCUUCAAAUGAUUCAAACCUAUUUUUGGAUUCUUAACAUGAAUAUAAUUUCACUUUAGAAUUAAAACUUUUGCGACUCUAUGUUAUAAUAAAUGUACAUAUACAGUUAUAGAGUUAUUUUAUUCAUGGGAGUCCAACCCACGGCCCUCGAAACCUUUAUUAUUGCCCCCCCUCUCUUAGAAGACUUAUAUUAAAAAAAGUCACAAUAAUAUUACAACAAAUCGUAAUAUAAUCGUGUACAUUUUACGUUUUAUAGUUAUAUAGUAUACAAUUUAUACUAUAAAACGUAGGUAUAUGUGCAAUGAGUAACGUCCUACACCAUGAUUAAAUGGAGCCCGC